UCUGCAUUCGCUUUACAGGUGUAUUUGAUUUGCAUUGCAUUCUAUUUCCACGGCUGUUUGGUGCUGCAAAAAUCGUUUUCAUUCGGAAAUAUUUGUCCUGUGCUGUUUGGAAACCUCGCUGGAUUCAUGUUUAAGUGUGCCGUCGUCAAAGAAAAGCAUGUCUCUUCGGGAAAAUCGCGGAAAACAAUUUCCUCUCAUAGCAGGGUAAAGUUGCACAAAUGUGACAGUUAAAAUAUCGCAGUACUCGCCUUUCUGUCAAAGUGCGGUUUUGGAACAGUGAAGUGCGCGUGUGGUUGUGCGGCGAACUUCGGAUCGCGUGCGGCCGUGUGAGUGUGUUUCGUUGUUGCGGGCCGAAAAAGGGAACGCCAUAUUGAACAAAAGAAGAGACGAGAGAAUAGUUUGUUCGUCGUUCAGCAGCCGCAGUCGCCCGUCAAAAAGGCCUAGUGCGAAGCAAAACCUAAAAAGCAUUUUUCGCAAUCCGCACCGGAACCGAUACGAGUGAUUCUACGUGGACAUUUCCUGCCGGAACGGCCGGAUAUUUCGGUUGCAAAAGACUUCGUUUCAGUCUCGAUGUGAAGAGUCAAAGGGAGUCUGGGGAUCUGCAGGCGAACCGUGUCCGAAUCCUGAGAAGUGUGUGUUUUUUUUUCUUGUAUCUCUGUGCCCCACGGAUGCCAAUAAAUCUCGCAAUCACUGUGUAAUAACUCAAUCAAUUACCGUUAGGUAUUCUACUUGGUAAUCUACAAUAGCUCGAAUGGAUAACAUCACUUUGUGUAAAUAGAAUUAAAAGUCCAACAUGUCCGGUCACAAUCCACCGCAUGGACGUUUGGGUCAACCGAAUUCCACCUGGAAUCCGCUACAGGUACCGUACAUCCCACGGCAACCGCAGUUGGCCCAUAUGUCCAGUGAACGAUCGAUGGCUAGAUCGCCGGUGACGUGGCACACCCCGCCGACCCAUCAGGAACAGCUCUACAACUUCAUGACUGCUAACCACAAGAACAAUCUAGAAAUCAACCCAAUGCUGCCAACCUUUGGACGUAGUUCCGGUAUGCCGCUGGGAUCAGUGGAUCUAUCGCUGUCGUCGGCAGCGAGGAGCACACCGUCCCCGAAAGGAACCAAUCCGCAGCAACCGGGUCCAACUCAGCAACAUCUGCCCUCGAACAUUCCACCUGGUCUGGGACCAGGUCCUGCUAUGCCAGAUCAAAACGAUCUCUUUCACCCCAAGAUGGUUCCUGGCCAUGGCCAACAGGCGCAACAGCAGCCACAGCAGCAGCAUCAUUCGCAACACCAUCAUCAUACGCAGCAGCAGCAACAACAGCAUCCGUCACAUCAUCACAUGAAUACAAAUCAUAAUCGCUCACCAUCGGCGAGUCAGAUGGGAGGAGUGAUUCAGUCAACCGCAGCACUGAAGGACCGGUCGGGGCAACAUCCGAAUACUAGCGGUGGUAGUGGUGGAAGUGUUGGUGGAGGCAGUAAUGUUGCCUGUAGCUUUUUGGGCAAUAACAGCUCCAGUAGUAUGGGGUUAGCCACCGGCAGUGCCGGUGGCAACGGAUAUUACAAUAUGAUGAGUAGCAGCAGUAGCGGUAGCGGUAGCAGUAGUGUAGAUGGCAGCAAUAGUAUUAACAGGCCACUCGGUGGCCCUAGUGGUGCAGCAACGAACCCAGCGUCUAGUCUAGGGGCGUCCGGUGAGUUUACUGCGAUGAUCCCUGGAGGAUUGCAUAUCAAGGAUGCAAAACAGAUCAACAAUGAAGCAGGGAAAAACGGGAGAGACAAUAUGUCGACCAACAACGAAUCAUCCAGUUUAGUGAAAGAUAUUCUUUUGCAUGCCAUGCAAAGCAAUACAGUUCCGGUGUCGCCCAAAAGGAAUUCACCUUUGCGGACACCUAUUCCUCCUAAUCACAGUCCAACGCGAAGCCGCAGUCCACCGACCACCGCGUUGUUACACCCAACGGACCAACCGACGACGGCCACUUGUGUAAAUACAUCGUUUCCGCUGAAUCCUACGAAUGUGCCAUCGACACUGAAAGACACUGACAACAUCGCCAGUAUCAAAACCAGCAGCCCAUCGGACGUUGCCUCGCCAGUUGUACCAAGCAGUGUCGAGGCGCCGACAGCCAUUAGCACAGACCGGGCCUCUCCACUCCCGUCUUCUAAUGAAGAUUCGGCGGACUCCAAUUCGAGUAAGUCACGAAGAAGGCGAAAGCCCGAUCGUACGAACAAAAUGGGCACAGAGGAGCUGGACAGAAUGCACGAGUUCCUUGGUGGAGGGGAUAACAGCGCGGAUAAGUGUGAUCGCAUUGAUGGGAUUGAUCCUAUGCGACCUAACAUUGCGGUACGGAACGAUAUUGCCACCCUUGCAUUGGAAGGAAUCAGCAGUCUCAGUCAGGGCUUGGCCAGUGAUAGUAGUCAUAGUCCACACAUUACGGAUCUAUCGGAUAGCACGCGGGUGAAUCUGCAAAGCCUGACCGAAACUAAUCCUACCAACGGAGAAGAGAAAAAGUCUUCAACGGUUAGUACUGGUAUUGCCAAUGUUCUGUCAGAUGCGGCAGCGACCGCUAUUGAUUCAACUCGUAAGGACAGCGAAUCCAAUUCGGACGAUUGUGAAACUAUUGAUAAGAUAGCGGCUAUGAUUUCCAGGACCGAAAACGAUGCCUCAGUAAAUGCGUCACGUUCUCAGCAAUUGCCAGUUGAAUUAAACGUCCCCGUUGAGGAAAAUAGCCAAAGCUCUCGAAAGAGUAACGGUCCUGUAAAAGUAACCGAAGGAGCAUCAUCUUCGCUUCGUGAUAGCAAUAAAACUGAAUUGAGCAAAAACGAUACGGAUAAAAGCUUUGAAGAAGUAGAGAAUAAAUUGGAGGAAAUGUUUGCUGGUAUCGAUGAAACUAUACCGAAGGAUUCCAACAAAUCGCCGCCAUCUGCGGAGAAGAAAACGCCAUCUCCGAAGCUGACGACUGAACCUACCGAUAUUCUGAUCGAGCUGGCUGGGAAAAGCGAAGAAUCAGCCCCACCUUCUUCCAGUGUUCCUUCGGUCGAUGCUAGCGAAGAUUCGCCCGUGGCCAGUACGAGCGGGACGCAGAAGAAGGUUCUAACUGCAGCAGCUAAGCGAGCGAAUAUCGGCAAACCCGCCGCCGGUGCCGGAUCUCCGAAUAAGAAGAAAAAAGUCUUAAAAAAGAAGCCUGUCCAAAGUAAGGGUACCAGCUUUGCAGCUGCUGAAGAGCGGGCUGCUAGUUUUGGUGCUAAAGGUGGCAGCAAGAAGCCGAUUACUAAAGGGAACGGCAAAAAAGGUAACGGUUCAGGAUCUGCGGCGGGUAAGAAUAAGACGAAACCUAGUGACGGUACAGCUGUGGUGGAUCCUAACGGUAAAUAUAAAGGCCCUUUCGUUCAGGUUAAAUCGGAUGGCAGUCAUCUGGUCAUCAAUACUCCUAUUAACGAGGAAGACUCGGAAAAGUUGCAAAAUAAACCGAAGAAGUUUGUCAACAGUAUGAACAAUUCGGAGAAGAAUAAAAUUCGAGGGCUUCAUGUUAGCACGUUGAGCACAAAGUAUGACGCUGACACCACGGACACUAGUUGGAUGUGUGUAUUUUGCAAAACGGGACCGCACAAACAACGGCUAGGUGACCUGUUUGGGCCCUACAUAAUAAGUACCAAAUCCAGUGAAUUUAGGCAGAGUCAAACGGACGACGAGUGCUUCAAUAUGAAGCGAACGAGGGAGAGCUUACAAUCCAAGCUCAUUAAAAAAGAGGAUUCCAUUGCUGGAACAAGUGCUCCCAAGUCCAAAAAGCGGAAAACCGGCACGGACGUCCAACCUUCAACCCCGCAAGCAGUUCCAAGUACCAGCACCGCAACAACGCUCAACCCUGCGCAGCCACCCGAUGACUUUUACUACGGCAUGAUCAAAGCCGGAGACGACUCGUACGAAGUGUGGAUGCAUGAAGAUUGCUUGGUGUGGGCCCCCGGGGUGCACAUCAUUGGAACGCGCGUCGUCGGGCUGGAAGCGGCGAUUUGGAACUGCUGUCGAUACCAGUGCCGGAUAUGUUCUCACCACGGAGCGAACGUAAGCUGCCUGCAUCGGGGGUGCGACGAAGAAGCGCAUGUCGUGUGUGCGAGGCGAAACGACUGGAAACUGAGCGAUGAGUUCAAAUCUCACUGCGAAAAGCACUCUAAAGUUGACUCCUCUUGAGUAUUGGGGCUGUAAGAUGUUGGCUUGGUUUUGUUUUUGUUUGUUUAUUUUUUGGUAUUUUCUGAGUUUUGUAAACUGGUUUCCAAUCACUUCUGUAUAGGAAGCGUCAAUAAAAAUAGAUCUGUUUGUAGUGUAUAGAGAGAGUCGACUUAAAAGGAGAUUAUUCCUAACUGAUGAUAAAGAGGAAAUCAUGGCAGAUAUUAGAGAUUGCUUUUAAAUCCAUCGUACGUGAAGGGAAACAGUCACAAUUCAAAUUAAACUGUACAUUUUAGUCGUGUAACAGCUAGAAUGCUAAUGUUUUUAUUCUAGCUUUAAAAGGUGCGCAGAGACAUUUGGAAGUAGUAGGACGUGGAAUGGCGUGAACGGUGUUGUAAAUUUCAUGACGAUAUCUCUGUGAAAAACUACUAAUUUAUUGAACGAAAAUGUUAGUGAUCCGAUAUUACUUGUAUAUUUUGCACAUACUUUUGGUUAGGUUAGAAAGUUUUCUUUUUUGAAGAAACACAAUAAAAAUUUGAGACAAUUAUAAACAUUACAUUCAGUAAAGAAAGCAAAGAAAACACGAAUUGUAUGAAUUCGUUGGAUGCAUGUGAUUUAUGAAAAUGAUAAAUUUCAAUCAAGGAUAGCACGUGUGUAGUAUAUAUUAUUAAAUUGUGUUUCCUUGGCGAAGAAAAACCUAUGGACAAUUCUCGUAAAGUUUUAGUGAGUCAAUCCAAAAUGCUGCAAAAUAAACGAAAAUGUAUUAAAAAUACUAAAAGAAAUAA